AUGGUGUUGGGGGAUUGUGGUUUGUAUAGGGCGAUGAGGUUGGACCUGAGCCUUCACACGGUGUUUUUAUCCCUCCAAGAUAGGUUGUUGGCGCACGGUUUGGAGUCGGCCGAGAAGAAUAAGGUGGUUUGGACUAAGGCUCUGGAUGGUUUGAUGAAGUUUUGGUUUAAUUCAAAUACUCAAAAGCCAAAAUCUGUUGAUAACAAUCUGCAGGAAAUUGAGCUGCAAAACCAUAACAACUACCUACGAGCAAAGAUAGCUGAACAUGAAAGAGCUCAACAACAGCAACAAAACUUGAUGCCAGAAACAAUGUGUGAUCAGUCUUUACCUUCACAGACCUAUGACAGAAACUUCUUUCCCGUAAAUCUUCUUGGAUCAGAUCAGCAUGAGUAUUCCCGUCAAGACCAAACUGCUCUUCAGCUUGUGUGA